AUGCUUCUCUCCAUCCUAGCUUGCUCGCUUCUCUUCCGAGCAUAUGCUGUUGGACUGCAAGUAAGCCCUAGCUCAUCAUGUGCUGCCGUCUGCCUCGACGACCCAGAGUCCGACCCUCUUGAUCCAGCCUCGUCCUCGACAACCCCACUGGAUAUUACAUGCAGCGACGAAGAGUACCAGACAUCGAGCAAAGCCAUCAAGUUCAAGAACUGCGUAGAGUGCUUACAGGAGAGCAAGGACAUCAGCGGCAAAGAAAACGAUGUGGCAUGGUUUCUCUACAACCUACGAUACUCGGUAGACGUGUGCGUCUACGGGUUCCCGAAUGCUACCAAAUCGGUCUCAUCCCCCUGUGAUCUUGACUCUGCGUGCCAACCCUUCAAAAAGGCACUCGAGGUCAAUGGUUUGGACCCCGACAAAGGCACCGAGUUCGACUACUGCGAAGCCGAUGGCGGCAAGUUCUCUGGUGCACAAGUAGAUGCAUGCAUCCAGUGCUUCGAUAGCAGCUCAACACAGGCGUACAUGGCAAACUUUAUAACUGCCCUGAAAGCUGGCUGUCAGCAGAGGCCACAACCUGGCCAGCUCAUCGGCCUGAGCGGCUCGCCUUUCACCGAGUCACUCAUUAAGAUUACGACUCCUCCGACCAAUGGGACACUACUAUCGAGCUCUUCGAAUGCCACUGCAAUGACGACUGGUGCAAUAGUUGGCAUCGCAGUCGGAGCAUCCCUCUUGUUUCUCGGUGGGACUGCUCUUUUCUGGGUUUAUUACCGAAAACAGAAGCAGCUUUAUCCAGACGACUUUGGCUCCCAGUACGACCCUCGCUCCGGGAGUAAAUCUAUCUCCCCCCCACUUGUCGGUGGCUUCAACUCCAGAGAAAGCCAUGAGCAUUCGCUUCUCAGCGACUACGAGCUCAAGGCGCAACAAGCAUACACAAGCAAUGCUGAAUACUACGACCAACUCGAAAGGGGGAUGAAGACUCGCCAUCCACAGUACACAUUUGACCCUAACAAUCCGGGGUCAGGGCCUGCAGGUGCUCUUCCAACACACCCAGCAUAUGUGCCCCAAGCGCUCGGCCGUAACUCCUCGCGGAACCCAUCACCACAACCUUCGAAGCCAACGAAAACCAACAAGCCGGAUUCGUACGCCUUGGCCGCCUAUCUGAAUGCCGCAGAAGAAGCCUUAAGUCUCCCAGGCCCACCACCGGGCCCGCCGCCGGCGGUACACUCGCGCGGAUCUUCGCCCGGCCGAGGCAGCCUACCUUACGCAAGCCGUCCAACCCACAACCGCUCAGCAAGUACCCAGUCAAAGCAUGAUUCGCUGGGGCCAGCGCCGCGGCCACCCCCACCGCCUCCUCGUCAGCCGAAAGUGCCAUCGCUCAGUCUGCCCUCGGUGCCCCGGAUCCGGGUGCCCAAGAAAUAUCCACCACCGAAGAUACGGAUUGAAGGUGCAACGCCAGUGGCGGACAAGGGCGAGGUGCCGAUCGGAAUCGAGAUCUCGAAUCCCAUGAUUCAACAUGAUCGACGCUUUGUAGAGGAUCCGCUCGAGGCAAGGCGGAUGCAUAGCCGGACUCAGGCUUCCCAAGAGAUUGUUCAGCAGAAUGCCGUUGAUCGACGACCAAAAUGGGCAACAGAAGAGAUUACACUUCAUACUGGCAAGAGCUCUAUGUAUGGUUAA